CACAGAAGACACACGACCUGACGUGAACGUCAAAAAUGACAUUUCAAAUAAAACAACAAAGGAGGAAGAUACCAUUCCCAGGAAAAUGCAUAUAAUACGAUAAAUAACGCGAAAUUUUAAGUGAUUUUAGUUCCGGUUCAAAAUUAUUAUGUUGCCCGUUCUCCUGGUCCUGGUUCUAGCAGCUGUCAACCCUUGCAUAUCCGAUGACGACAUUUCCGUGGAUAAGCCCAAACCGACCCCGACCCCUUACCACGACUGGGACUACAUCGUCUACAGCCAGCGUUGGCCCAUCACGGGCUGCUCCCAGUGGAAGGAGAAGAGCCCCAAGAACACGUGCAACCUGCCCCAGGACAACUCCACCUGGGUCGUGCACGGGCUCUGGCCCACCAAGACGGGGCAAAAGGGGCCGCUGUUCUGCCCCUCGGCCCUGCACUUCGACCCCGAGCAGCUGCGGCCCGUCAUGAAGGAGAUGCAGGAUUUCUGGCCCAACGUGGAGGCGAACACCAAGCCCGACUCGUUCUGGAAGCACGAGUGGGGCAAGCACGGCACUUGCGCCGCCAGUCUCCCGGUUUUAAACAGCGUGAUCAACUACUUCAAAAAGGGGCUAGAGUGGAACCAGCAGUACAAAAUCUCAGCUUUGCUCGCGAAAAGCAAGAUCGUCCCCAAUCCGCAAGGGUACAACAUCUCGGAGAUCUACCAAGCGGUGAGAAGCGCCACGGGGAAGAACCCCAUCGUCCAGUGCGUUGUGGACGAAAAGAAGCAAUCCCUAAUUAGCGAAAUACAAAUUUGCUUCGACAAAACGCUAGAUUUGAUCCACUGUAACGUCACUGGCGCGCUACCCGAUGGCGAGAUCUUGACCGAUUGUAGCAGGAAAAAAGAUGUGAUGUAUUUCGCGACAGUUCCUAAUAACGCCAGUUUGGAGCUGGAGUUUGACGAGUUUUUUGGAGACCACGAACCUAGCAUAGACACCUGUAUAGAGAACUACUACUUAGAACGGGAAUUGUUGAAGGUUUAUCGCUUAAUUAAAUUUUUAAUGUGGUUCACAUUGUAGGAAAAACUAACAUUCUGUAAAAUAUCACAAAGUAGGGGAUUUUUUUGUAUAAAUUGUCUAGUUGUCUACAGUUACGUAACUCAAUAUUUCAAUGAAAGCACAUUAAUUACGUGUGUAAAAAUGCAAAACAAUUGCACAACUCCGCCUAGUCCCUGCAUCAAAAUAAGGCGUGAAAUUGCAGGAACUCUACUUACGUAAUGUUUAAUUUUAUCGUGAGUAGAGUUCUUGCAGUCAGUUUUAUUUUUUUAAGAAUCAUCAAUUGUUCGUAAUGACGUAACUAUUAAAUUAAGAACACAAAUAAAACGAAUGUGGGGGGAAAUGAAACAUGCCUAGAUUUUAGGAAUAAUUGUCAUGGUUUUCAGUUCACUCGUUAAUUUGCAUAAAACCGGUCUUUGUAAUUACGUGGUAAGUUGUAGAAAUUCAUUUGUUUUGAUUUAAGUCUGAACAGGAGAGCAUUAAUUGUAAUAAUUGAAAAUAAAAUGUGGUCGAUG